ACACACCAGUAGCUGCACUAGCCCACUGUGAUCACUAGCUACCGAGCUGCACUGCACUGCACACAACUUGUUCGUCCCGAGUCCCGACCACCACUAGCUAGCUCUCGCACGCUCGCCGCGCGCCAUGAUGAGCAGCAGGCUGAACGCCGGCGCGAUGGCGGUGCCAGCGGCGGCGGUGGCGGCCGACGUCGUCGACUUCGGGUACGCCGCCCCCAUGCCGCCGCCCUACGUCGGCUUCGACCCAGCCGGCAUGGGCGGCGAGCGCCAGCUGUUCCAGCACGGCGGUGCAUGCCAUGGCCUCUACGACGGUGGCCUCGACUUCUCCGCCGCCGCGGCGUUCCAGGAAGCGGCCACUCUUGGAGUUGGCCUGCCGGGCGGCAAUCUGCUGCAGUCCCUGGCGCCGCCCGCCGCCGCCGCCGCCACGCCGUCGUCGCUGCAGAUGCCGAUGAUGAUGUCGCUGCCGGGCCUGCCUGCGACGGCGGCCGACGUGUACCCGUUCGGCGGCGGCGGGUUCGUGAAGCGGGAGGAUGGCCCCGUCCUGGACGUCGUCGGCGGCGGCGGCGGCGGGAGGAUCGGGUUGAACCUCGGCCGCCGGACCUACUUCUCCCCCGCCGACGUCCUCGCCGUGGACCGCCUCCUUCUCCGGUCGCGCCUCGGCGGGAUGGGGAUGGAGAUGGGGAUGGGCAUGGGCGUGCUCGGGCUGGGCCUCGCCGCGGCGGCGCACCACCACCAGCCGCCGCGGUGCCAGGCCGAGGGCUGCAAGGCCGACCUCUCCGCCGCCAAGCACUACCACCGCCGCCACAAGGUCUGCGACUUCCACGCCAAGGCCGCCGCCGUCCUCGCCGCCGGCAAGCAGCAGCGCUUCUGCCAGCAGUGCAGCAGGUUUCAUGUGCUUGCUGAGUUUGAUGAGGCGAAGAGGAGCUGCCGGAAGAGGCUCACCGAGCACAACCGCCGCCGCCGGAAGCCCACCGCCGGCGGCCAAUCGUCCAAGGACUCGCCGCCGCCGCCGCCGUCGAAGAAAGGGACUGACGCCAGCAUCGCUAGCUCCUACACCAGCUGUGACCACCACAAGGCAGCUGCGAGCACCACGACGGCCAGCGGCGUGAGCUGCCUGCAGGAGCUUGCAGACCACCACGACGUCGGCGGCGGCCAUCAGGCAGCCAUGGCGGCGGCGCCGCCGCCGACGCUGUCCCUGGCCGCGCUGCCGCCGCAGGAGGAGGACGACGAGGACGAAGACGGCGGCCUCGGCAACGUCCUGAUGAUGCAGCAGCACCAUCAACGGCGGCGACUGCAACACGACGGCGACGGCGACGACGAUGUCGCCGCCGCCGCCGCCCACCACCAUCUGAUGAGAUCUCUCGCGCGGCAGCAGCAGCAGCAUCGCCAUAGCAGCGGCUGCAGCAACAACAACGACGGCGACGACGACGACCACAACAACAACAACAACAUACUGUCGUGCUCGUCGGCGUCGGACCAGCAGAACAGCAGCAACAACAACAACAUGCAUUUCUUCGAGGUGGAUUUCAUCUAGUCGUCUCGAAACCAAAAAAACAUAUUAAUUCGUCAGGGUAAAUAUCCUUUGGAAUUAAUUACCGAUGGUUUUUUCGAACCGAUUCACGUGAAAAUCCUGUAAAAUUCCAAAGGAGAUCUCGAUUGGAUUGAUAUGUACGUGUACAUCUGUGUUUUUCAGAAAAUUUAGAGAUUGGUCGAUGGGAAGUAA